AUAAGAUCAAUAUAAAAACACGAAUUGUUAAAUUAAGGGCUUUUUUAAUAUCAAAAUUCAAAAAGAAAAAAUACGAAUACCUUUUGAUACUUUUUUAUUAUAAUAAUAAACGACUGUCCAAUUUAAUAAGACUUUUUACGACAUGUGUUUAUUGCUGGGAGUUGCCUGCUGUGAAUGCGAUAACGCGGGUUUUUUUACGUAUCGAGGGUAAAAUUUAAGUUGACACUUUGACAGUCGUCACCGAUCCUUUAGACCGUCAUGAGGUUCUUUUCUCGAAAACGGGUCGACAUUAUCACCCGGUUGAAAGUAAAGCCGAUCAGUUGUGAAAGAGCCGACAGCGAAUUUUUAAAGAGGAUCAAAAAGACUCUUUACUUCGACAAUGAGCAUCUGGUUGAUAAUUUCAGCCUACCAGUAUCCGAAUUGGCCAUAGAGUUGUACUCAGAGGUGAAAAAGUCGUCGAUAAGUAUGGAAAGACUGAACCUGUUAGAUGUCGAUGACAUCUGCUGUAGCACGGGUGUCUCGCCUUGUGCUUUCAUACUGGCGAUGAUAUACCUCGAGAAGUUAAAGGCCUGCAAUUCGAGUUAUAUUGAGAAGACUCCACCUCCAGACCUGUUUCUUGUCUUAUUGUUAGUGGCGACGAAAUUUCUGUUUGAGAGCGGAAGACUUAUCUUAAACUGUCAUUGGGCAGAGAGAGUUGGGCUGUCUCUCAAAGCUGUGAACGAUUUAGAAAAACAAUUCCUCAACGCCAUAAAUUGGGAAGUGUUUGUUCAGAAAUCAGUUUUUCAUGAUAUGCUACGAACAAUUGAAAAAACAGUUGCGAUGAAAGAAGGUAAAAAGCGUGGCUGGUUUAGCUACACGGACCUAGAACUCUUAAUAGACUCUAUCGACACUCUCUCGCUAGCUCAGACAUUUUUUACUGUAUUAGUCGUCUGUUCUGCUAGUUAUGCUGCGGGAAUGUUUGCAGUUGUAGGAUCGAUGAUGUUGGUGACGCAAAUACCUCCGAAUAUCGCCUUUUACAGUAAUGCAAUUUUCAAUCUUAAUGUACAACCAAAUAUGACUGUUUUAGAGAAAGUACCGGUAUUUGUCUCUGAAACGCUCACAAGAAAUGAUAUUAAUGAUUCUUAUGAAGAUUUUAUUUGUGAUUCUUUAGACUUUCAAGCACGACUUAGCUCCGAUGCGGUUAUGGAAAAUAAUGUCAAUGGCCCUUACAGGUGUUUUGCUUGUAAUUCUCUAGAAUGUCAGGCGAAUGUUACUCCGGAACCAGUUGUGAUAAAUAAUUUUAAUGGCUCCUACAAGGAUUUUAUUUGUGAUUCUUUAGACUGUAAUAAUCUCCAAGAUGUAUUCAUGUCCGAAAUAAGUACGAACGAUUCGGAAACUCACAUAGACGAAAAUGGAUUUUCAAAUGAGUUUAGCAAGUUGUUCCUUCGAAUACGAGAUGACUUCCUCUCCCCUCUACCUUUACACUACUUUAAUUAUCUACCAACUAUGACGAAACGUUUAACCACACUUCAUUGGUUGGGAUAAUAAAAGCCGAUGAGAAGAGCGAACAUAA